GAGCUAGCAUACGCCACAGGGGCGCUUGUUUUCCAGCCAAUCCAGAGCCCAAGGGCUACUGGCCCUUAGAAACCCACUUGGAGGAGGGCAAAGCUGGGUGUUCGGACUACUGAAGCCAAGCUGAGCUGAGGGAAGUAGCCGUGAAGUAGUUAACUUCUUAUUACUCCUGCAAAAGUACCCUGCGUGGAAACAAUGAAUUCCAUUAAAGUCUAUUAUACCAGCGUGUCAGGCUCUAGGGAGGUAAAGCAGAGACAAGAAGAAGUUAUCAGAAUUUUAGAUGCUUACAAAGUACAGUAUGAAUUAAUAGAUAUUUCUAUCAGUUUGAAAGUACUCCAAGAAAUGAGGAUGAAGGUUUCCACACCUAAGGCUCUACCACCUCAAAUAUUCAAUGGCCAAGACUAUUGUGGAGUAAGAGAUUUCGAAAUGUUCCACAAGGCAAAGGAAAACAAAGAGAUUCUGAAAUUCCUGAAGAUGGAAUGAACGGGCAGUUAUGCUGAGAUGUUUACUAAGACGGUUCUACAUAUACUUCAUAGAUCUGUUUAAUUAAUCACUUUAAUACAUGGACUGGUUCCAUUUCAAGGGUGCAUUAAAUAAUUUCUUUGUUA